AACGGGGAGAAAAACAAGUCCAACCGCUUGUACACCUUACAGUAUUUAUCCAUAAACGAAUUUAUAUGUGGCUCUCGUUUUUAGUUUUUCAUAGCUGCCAAACUCUGCCAAGAAAGCAAAUGAAUAACUUUUCAUCAAAUUCAUCACUAACACCAACAGCAGCCAUUAGAGUACUUCAACCAUGAAUGACACAGUGGACAGGCUGGUCAUCUUUCUAGCAAAGAGAGAUGGAAUAGAUAAGCUUGUCAAGACUUUCCAGUACGUGUCCAAGCUUGUUCGCUGGCAGGUAGAAGCCACCCAUCCAGACGUUGCACGGAGAUUCCAGCAAUGGGAAGUUGCUUCUGGCCUUGGCAGGAAAGCCUUUAGAACCGGCAGGUUUCUCACCGGCUUCAAUGCUCUUAGAAGAGGCCCUGGCUCAACCCCAACGUUUAAGAUCCUAGCUGUUCUUGCUAAUGCAGGAGAAAUGGUCUAUUUCUUUUUUGACCAUUUUCUUUGGCUAUCAAGAAUUGGAACUCUGGACGCAAAGUUGGCCGGAAGGAUGAGCUUCAUUUCAGCAUUUGGUGAGUCUUUUGGCUAUAUAUUUUUCAUCAUAGCUGAUUUUAUUAUAAUAAAAGAAGGACUAAAAGAAGAGAGAAGGCUCUUAACUUCUUCAAAAGAAGAUACUUCGAAGGAUGCGACAGAGAGCCUAAGGAAGAUCAGAGCAGACAGAGUGAUGAGGUUGAUGGCCGUCGCGGCUAACGUUGCGGAUUUCAUUAUUGCUCUGGCAGAUAUUGAGCCCAACCCAUUUUGCAACCAUGCUGUUACUCUUGGUGUUAGCGGGUUGGUCUCCGCAUGGGCUGGUUGGUAUAGAAAUUGGCCCUCGUAAGAGAAAUUUCUCAAGUCACCGCUCAAAUACCUAUCUCCACCAAGACUUGAACAUGGAAAAAGAAAAGAAAGAAAAAAAAUUCCCAUUCAUGUUGUAGUAGCAAUGUAAACUAUACUCUUUUAUGAGAAGAUUUCUUGCAUCUAA